UUUGCAUUACCAUAGUAAAAAGAAUAAUACUUUAAGUCUUCAUAGGAAAAAGGCAGAAGUAGGAAAAAGAAAGAUAAGAGCCACACUUCGUGCCUUAAGCAACUGUCAUUCUUCAUUUGAAACUUGUAAUUUAUGGGUAGUGUGAAAUAAAUUUUUAUAUUUAAUGACUGUCAAUCUGUCAGCUUUGCUGACAAAAAAAUCCAACAACGCAGAGCAAAAGGACUUUGUGUGCAGGAAGGGAGGAGAAGGGCAAGAUAAGGCUUUCAACAACUUUGUUCUCCUAAUUAAGGCUCACUAGGGGAAAAAAAAAAGGAGAAAAUGGCACAGUUCUUCCCUGAAAAUGCAGUUUCAUCAAAAGAAAAUGAGAUGUGUCGGCAUUGGCUGCAGUGUGCACAGUCCAAACAAGGCUGACGUGGGGAGAAACUGCAACCAUAUGCAGACUGUGGCCAAAAAAGCUGGAAUCACAGGGCUGUGGAUUCCAAAUCCUGCAAAAGAGCUCAGUUUAUCAAAGCAUGGAGUAAAUAUAGAGAGAACAUGGUCAGAAUAGGCAAAAGCAGACUAAAAGUGUAUGUCUGAUUAUUUAAAGCAGUGAGACUUCAAAUAGGGACUGAAGAGUGACCUCAGAAAUGACAUUAAGGACGUGAUGGAGGGUGAGGUUAUUCCUGAGGCCGGGAGGGGUUGGUGGGCGCUGUCAGCCUGGGACAGUCCUCAAACUUCUUCUGUCUUCAAACAGCAGAUUUUUUUCUUUUCCCUGGAAUCAGGUUCCCUGUAAUAUAUUCAUUAAUGCAGCAGGUGGAACAGGGAGUACAAUGUAAGUCCAGGGCACCAAGCUGGGAAGAGAUACAAACUGUACAGAGCACUGAAUCACAAUUCCAAAUGAUCUUGAUAAGUGAGAGAAAUGAUCUGAAACCAAUAGCCUGCGACUCCCUGCAGGGAAGAGAAACUGAGAAAGGUGAAAUCAAAUACAUCAACUCCAAGCAAUCCAUAACCAGCUGCACAGCACUGCAGGAAUUUGGGAAAAUGGGAUGGGGGGAACUCCCCCAGAGGCAGAAAAUGCGGUAAAGGGGAGGGUGAGGCCAGGCUGGACAGGGCUUGGAGCAGCCUGGGCUGGUGGGAUGUUUCCUGCUUGCCGGAGGGUGGAAUGAGCUGGCCUUUAAGGCCCUUCCAACCCAAACCAUCCUGGGAUUCCAGCCUCUGGUGAUCCCAACACUUCUCUCAAAUGAGCAGGAGUUUUCUGCUGGGGGCGUUGAUGCCAAGACCUUGCAUGUCUUGCCAAACAAGAGGAGUGCAGGGGAUGUGCUGCAGCUCAUUAUCCACAUUCUUUGAAAUGUAUUGUCCCACACGGAUUUGCCUGGGGUGUUUCCCCGUGGACAGCUGCCAGUGCUCUUGGCUUCUCAUGUUCCCUGUCAGCAUCUCUGUGUGGGUGAGGAGCAAACAAAACCAAAACUUUUGAUGAGCAGCCUUUGCAAAAGAACCCAAAGCUUCCCACGGCCCUGUCUUGGGUGGGGAUUGGAGCUGGGCCCUGAGCUGGUGACAGAUUUAUGGGAUUUUUCCUGGUACCUGGAUGGUGUUGCCUGUUCCCAGUGUAACAAGAUCCCAUGAGGGUGAGUGGCUUUGGAGUUGUUCCCGUUGCCUGUGGAGCCACGUGAGGGGAUGAACCCACAGCUCAGCAAUGCCUGGAGCAGGCAGGGCUGCAGAACCCAUCCCUCUGGGAGGAGAGCGGCCUUUGCUCCAGGAAAUGCACACGGGCACUGCAAGGAGCUCCUUUUUUGUUUUUUUUUUUUUUUUUUUCCAACCAUUCACCACUGGAUUUGCUUUGUUCCAACCCUCCACGGAUCCUGCAGCUUUUGGGGAGCUCUGACGCCACCAUUCCCAGGCUAAGGAGUUCUGUUUUCAUGGUGUCUCUCAGCGUUGUCAGGUAAACAGCUCCAGCAUGUGCAGCCGCUCUGGAGGAUCCAUCUGUGCCUGAGCCUCCUGCUUUUGUUCUGGAGCUGCUGGAGGGGAAACUUGCUCCACAUCAGCACAGCCUCCUGUUGUGAGGAGGGCUCCAACUCCUGCCCUGCCUGUUAUCCCUGUUCCUGUGUGCUUUCCAUGACCUGAUAGAGAGCGACCUCUUGUCAGCCUUGAGAUCUUCCUUCGCCUCCUCUGAUGUCCCCAGCCUUGUCUUGGGUGUUUGGCUUUGACGGAAACACUCACAGGAACAGAGGGGGUGCAACUGUGGGAUCUGUAGUUCCUGAAUCCUGACUGGCUGAUCCAAGAGGAGGAGGAGGAGGAGGAGGAGGAGGAGGGGGAAGCCUCGUGUCUGUGCCGGUCUUCAGCCCUUCGCACUUCUCAGGCUCCAGCUCCGGACCCCCGCCCUGCCGAAGGGCUUGAAAAUGCCUCGUGGCUCAUGGAAAGCAGGAUCCCAAGGAAGGCAGCAGUGGGAGUGCGAGUGAGGGUUUCACAAUCUGCUCCCCACUCUGGUGCUGUGGGGCUGGUUGUUGCUUCCCAGCAGGAAGAGAGAGAAAUGCUGAAUUAGAGACAUCAAAGCUGAAUUUCUGGCCAGACAACACAGAAUCCUUCAAGGAGAGGCACCUCCAGCAUGGCCCAGAAAAGCCAAACUGGUGGAACUGAGAAGAAUGGAUCCUCCCUCCCCUACUGCAAGAGGGAUUUCAAGGAAGGAGCCCUGCAGUGGGUGACAGAACCCCCUCAAGGCCGGGUGCUGCUGGUGCUCAGCAUGGACAACACCUGCCCCAGCUCCUCCUUCGACAUGGACCUUUGUGCCGAGAAGCUGCAGUCCCUCGGCGUCCAGGUGCCGGCGGAUCCGUGGAGAAGGCUGCUCCAGGAGGGUGUCCUGAGGCCCGAAGUGAGGCGGUACCUGUUCUACAGCUCCAGGGCCUUCCAGAUUGCCAUGGCUGUGGUGAGGGCACCGCGGGCUGCCCGGCCUGGCACCGGGGUUCUCGUGCCCACCGGGGGAGCGGGGUUUGGCUGGGGAGCAAAUCCUGGUUCUGACACAUUCCUGGUUUUCUACAUCUGUCUCUGGACAAACCUUUACUCCACGCUCCAGCUGAGUCCCGUGGGACGCUACUGGGGGGCCAGCGUGCUGGUGACCCUGGUGGCCCUGGCUGUCACUGUACUGGUGAUCCUGGUCAUUGAUCACCACCAGAGGAAGCUGAACGUGAACACAGACGUGAGGCUGGCAGCUGUCAAUGAAAUCUUUAUCAAGCACAGCAUAAUCCUGGGUAUUACAGGUGUCCUGGAUGGGCCACACAACAUCCUUCAACUGUGGUUCGUGCACUUCAGCCCCGAGCGCUGCCUCCAGGCCCUGGCAGCCCACAUCACUCAGCUGCAGGGAACACAGGCAGGCCUGAGGCACAGCCUGGACCAGCUCUGUGUGGUCAUGGAUGUGGUGGUUCAGCCUGAGCUGGGGAGGGAGGAGGAGGCUCCAUGUGAAGAGUCCCCUCUUUUAUCCAGCGGGGGGACCCUGAACAAAGAUCCUGUGACCUGCAAUGAGCUCCUGCGCCUCAUCCCUGAGGGCCCACCCGAGGCGAUGGCCCAGCAGCUCCUGGUGAUCUUCAGUGGAUGCUACGUCCGGCUCCUGGUCACGGGCCGGCUCCCUCGGGCCGGGGCAGGGGGACACGUGGAGCACAGCAGCGUUCCCUGUCUCUGCCAGUUCAUCCAGACCACGGUGCUCCACAGCCACCACAGCUGGGUCAGGGGCAGGUGACCAGAGAGGGCUGGAAAACACCAAAAUAAAGCUGUCCCCACACACCAGGGUGGAGAAGCUGUGGGGCGGAGGAGAGAGCUCUAA